AUGCAGGCGGGACGCUCGGCUUUGCCGUGGCAGACACUCGAGACACCCGAUAGCCGCAGGCAGCCCACAUUAGUGCAGUAUGAUACCCGCACUCUUUCCAAGGGCUUCCUGUUGGCGAAAGGAUGGCUGUGCUUUCCCGCGGACAUAUAUGUGGGCUCUGCUCGACUGUCCGAGUCAUCGGGUGUGCGGAAGACCCGCGCACCCGCGUCGUCACUUGUGCUAAAGCCGCAACGCGAAGGCGGCAGGAACGGCGUGUACAGGGAUAUGACAUCGGCGUUCCUUGACACUUUGCCGCCCGUUGAGCGCGAGGCAUGGAUCGCUGUGGAGCUCAUCGCCGCACCAAAGGGCUUGGGCGAUUUGUCUGUGCCGGCGGAGGCACGUACAGCGCAGUGA